AUGACGAUGGUCAUACUCGGCUUGCCGGAUAAGACUGAAGUCAUCCUGACUAGGCUGAAGGAGGGACUAAAAUCCGUCCUUCUGGUGCUGGGCUUGAACGCAAAGUCCAGGGACUGGUUGAGGGGGGCUGGCCCCAUGGCCCACUAUGGACUCAGAAGGGUGACCUUCAGGGAAACCCGACCGAGUACCCGCGAGGGACAGGGGGUCCCAGCGCCCACUGGCCAGGCGACAUCGGUGGCUAGGGACCCCGGGGGCGAGGCCACGUCCACCGCAAAAGUAAGUAGUGAGGGAGGGAAGGACCUCAAAAGCUCGUGGACUCAGGUCCUCAGAACAGGGCACACGAGCCGAGGGGUACCGCCCUACAAAAAAGUAGAAGGGGGAUCGAGCAGGCCUAGGGGGCGCCCGCCUAGGGCCUGCAAGAGAGGCAGGGCAGGGCUGGCUGACGUGGCAGCGGGGCGUGAGUACAUCCGAAUGGCAGGCAGUCCUAUGACCGCAGGCUGGAUUAACUUCGCGCAGAAUAACUUGCAACACUGCAAAGCGGCCUCAGCUGUACAUAGCAGGGACCUUGCAAGAACCAUGGGUAUUCAAGGGGCUUGUAACAGAGACCUGGUGGCAGUAUUAGUGAGACAAAAGUUUGCCCGGGGAGGGACCACCGACAUGACCGUGGCAUCAGCAUACCUGCCCUACGACUCGAAGGAUCCACCACCUACGGAGAAACUCAAGGCGCUGGUAAGGAGGGCAGUAGCUCUAUUGGAGUACCUCACCCUGGAGCGGCUGGAAAUCCUCAAUAGGGGAUCGAAGCCCACAUUCAUCAACUCCCUUAGAUGGGAGGUGAUUGACCCAACUCUGUGCACCAACGGGGACGCGGCAUGGAAACCGAAGGUCAUGUACAGGAACCCUAGGGCAACCGACUGGACCUCCUACAGAGAGGAGCUAGCAAAGGUACUCAGGGGCUUCUGCUGCAAACUAAGAGCGAUAAGCAUGGUUGAAGGUGCAGAAGGUACCCUAAAGACUGCCAUCAACCAGGCUCACGAAGCAGCGUGCCCUACAAGGCAGCGGAAAUGCAGCAAAACGGUGACCUGGUGGAAUAAGGAGCUGGGCCAAAUAAGGACCAGAUCCCAAAAACUACUCAACAGGGCCCUUAAGACAGGUGCAGACUCGGACUGGAAAGCUACUCAGAAGACGUACAAGAAAAAGAUCAAAAAGUCAAAGAAGGACGGCUGGAGGGAUUUCUGCAGCGAGACCGAGGACCUGUCACUGAUAGUUAGGCUUCGCAAGGUGUUCACCUCCGGCCCGCUAAUCAAGCUGGACGGGUUAGCCCUGCCCGAUGGCAGAACAGCCGAAAACCAGACAAAAAUCCUAACCCACAUGCUGGAAACCCAUUUCCCCGGGUCGUUACCGGCCGGCGGGGAACUGCCCAUAAGGGCGAGCUCAACCCGUGCCGGGCGCGGGACGAUGGACUGGAAAACAGCUGCGGAGAUUGUGACACCAGACAGAGCCAAAUGGGCAAUCGAUACCGUCGAUAAGUUCGAAAGCCCAGGAGCUGACGGGAUCUUUCCUGCACUCUUACAGGAGGGCGGAAAGGACCCAGCCAUCAGGCUAAGCAUCAUCUUCAGGUCCUGUCUGGCAAUGAGAUGCGUCCCCAUGGCUUGGCGGGACGUCAAGGUUGUCUUCAUCCCCAAGCCGGGAAAGGGACACUACGACGUAGCCAAGUCCUGGAGACCAAUCAGCCUAACGUUUUUCCUACUUGAAACGCUGGAGAGGCUGGUGGACAGAUACAUAAGAGACGGGGCACUGGUAGAAAGACCAAUCGCACACACACAGCACGCGUAUCAACCAGGCAAAUCCACGAAGACGGCUCUUUACUCCCUCAUAAGGGAAUUGGAGGGGCCACUCUCCCGGAAAGGCGCUGCAGCUUUAUGCGUGUUCAUGGACGUGGAGGGAGCUUUCGAUAACACAUCCUCCAACGCUAUAUGUGAAGCAGCAUCCAGGUUCAGAAUCAACAGCAUGGUUGUUGAGUGGAUCAGGAACAUGCUGCAGACAAGGACGGUCACUGCCAGUCUCGGUGGGACCGAGGUUAGAGCUCAGGUCGACAGGAGCUGCCUGCAGGGCAGAGUACUCUCCCCCCUCCUGUGGACCCUGGUAGUGGAUAGGCUUCUGACGGGGCUCAGCGAGAUUGGAGUGACGGCAGUGGGCUACGCUGACGAUAUAGCUCCGGUCGUCACAGGCGAUCACCCACAACGUAUGACGAAUAGGAUGCAAAAAGCACUCGACCUCGUACAAGAUUGGCGCACAUCGCAGUCGCUCAGGAUCAACCCGGGCAAGACCGAAAUGGUACUGUUUACGAGGAAACGACGUUUCGACCUAGGACCGAUCAGGAUCUUUGGAGCGGAACUGACUCGUUUCACGGAGGCCCAGAAGGCCACAGCUACUCUCUGGGCCUGCAAAAGGAUGUUAGGCCAGACAUGGGGGCUGAGGCCGAGAACGGUGAAGUGGAUUCAGACGGCAAUCUCACCUCCACAGAUCACAUACGCUGCCGUGAUAUGGUGGCCUGCUACAGGCAGAGCCAACAACCGUAAGGCUCUAGAAAGGGUCUACAGACUAGCGACCUUGAGGAUAACGGGUGCCAUGAGAACAACCCCUACACUCGCCAUGGGGGCUCUCUUCAACUUGACGCCUCCACACAUAGCGGUGGAGACGGAGGCAUGGAGGGCAGCCCUUCGACUCAGAUUCUCUGGGUUAUGGCGAGGCUCGGGCAGGGGGCACACGUCUAUACUCCAACCAAUAAAGGAGUUGAUCAAAGAAGACAUCUCCUGGGAGAAGGAUAAAUUUGCGCUCCUUCACCCAAAAGGGCUCGUCUGGUUUACUGACGGGUCAAAGAAAAGAGGAGGAGCGGAAACUGGAAUAUGGUCCAAAGGACCCAGGCAAAGCAUGUCGCUGGCACUAAGGAACACCGCUACAGUAUUUCAGGCAAAGGUGUUCGCUAUACUCCCCUGCGUCAGGGAAAUCCUGACGCUGGAAUACAGAGGCAAGCACAUCUUCAUCUGCAGUGACAGCAGAGCAGCGCUUAGAUCGAUUGACGCUUGCGUGGUGAGAUCUAAGCUCGUGCAGGAAUGCACAGCUCUGCUAAGGCAACUAGCGCAAACAAACCGCGUGAAACUGCUCUGGGUGCCGGCGCACGAAGUCAUCAAGGGUAACAUCGAAGCAGACCGACUAGCUAAGAAGGGAGCUUCACGACAUGGCCCAGACAGGGGCUGCCAAAUCGAAGUCCCUACGAAACAUAUCAAAAAACUAGCAAAGAGGAUUGCUAGGGAUAAGCCCGCAGAGCUUUGGGGCAAUGCUCCGGGCAUGCUUCACACGAGGGGCCUGUUGAAAGGACCCUCGAGCGGGCUCACUGAGGAGCUGAUCGAACUAAGCAGAACCGAACUGAGGAGUGUAACAGGGCUUAUCACGGGCCACUGGUACACGGGCAAACACCUCGUCCACCUUGAACUCAGGGAAGAGGCGAGCUGUCCCAGGUGUGGUGAAGAAGCGGAAGCACCACAGCACCUCUUAGCGUGGUGUGGGGUCUAG